GUUUAUAUGAACACUGGUUGAGUCCAAGUGUGUUUUAAUUUUGCUUGCGUGUUGUUUCAUACGUUUUCAAUUUUUCUAACAUUAAAAGGAUUACAGUUGAAUUUAAUGAUAGUAAAAUUCCUGUAAAAUGGUUGUAAAAUUGCUAAUAAGCUGUUUAUCCGAAACUAAUCAAAAACUGACAAGUUGCAUUACUUCUUUUUAAAAAUUCUUAAACCUGGAAAUAUAAUCUCUCAUACUUUAAUAUUCGUUGAGAAGUGGAAAGGAAGAAAAAUCAUGGAAAAAGAAUCUUCGGGAUUUUCUCUGUCUGAAAAUAAUCAGGUAACAGAAGAAAAAACAUUUGCAGAGUCUCUGUUAUAUGGCACUGAUUCAUAUGAAAAUGACGAAACUAGUUUUGAAGAGGUGGAUGUUCAUAUACAAGAAAAUUUAGAAGAUGACUUUAUAAAAGAAGCUCUCAAAUCUGGAAUGGAUUUACGGCAGUAUUCAAGACAAAUAGAAAAAGAAUUAAAAGAAGUAGAAAAUGCAUCAAUUCAGGAUUAUAUACAAGAAAGCCAGAAUAUUGCUAGUUUACAUAAUCAGAUAACAGCAUGUGAUGAGAUACUAGAGAGAAUGGAACAAAUGUUGAGGCUUUUUCAGUCAGAUCUUGGAAGUAUUAGUAAGGAAAUAUUGACUUUACAACAACAAUCAGUAUCGAUGAAUGUGAGACUAAAAAAUCGACAAGCUAUUCGGGGUGAAUUGAGUCAAUUUGUGGAUGAUAUGAUAGUACAAGAAAGUCUAAUUCAACAUAUAUUAGAAACUCCAGUAACAGAAAAAGAAUUCCUUGAAGAUCUUCAAAUUCUAGAUCACAAAAUUGCUUUCGUGAAAGAGCAGUCAUUCAAAGAUGCAAGAUGUUGCCAGGAUGUAAAAGAUGUCUUAGAAAAAUUAAAAAUAAAGGCAAUUUCAAAAAUUCGAGAGUACUUACUUCAAAAAAUUUAUUCUUUUCGUAAACCGAUGACAAAUUAUCAAGUUCCCCAAAACGCUCUGCUAAAGUACAAAUUUUAUUAUCAGUUUUUGAUGACUCAUGAAAGAGAUAUAGCCCGUGAAGUUCGUGAGGAAUACCUAGAUACAAUGAGCAAAAUUUUGUUUUCAUACUUUAAAAUGUAUACUAGUCGAUUAAUGAAACUUCAAUUUGAAGAAGUAGCUGACAGAGAUGAUUUAAUGGGAGUUGAAGAUACUGCUAAAAGAAGUAUUUUUUCUGGAAAACCGUCCUUAAAAAACCGUUCUACUGUCUUUACGCUUGGAAAUAGAGGCAAUAUUUUAACUACAGAGUUAGAAAGUCAGAUUAUUGUUCCACAUUCUGCCCAAAAGAAUGAAAUAAAAUAUACGUUUGAAAGCUUAUUCAGAAGUCAGCAAUAUGCAUUGGUGGAUAAUGCAUGUCGAGAGUAUUUGUUCAUUGUUGAAUUUUUUAUGGUGUCUGGUAGCAGUGCUUUGGAUCUCUUCAAUGCUGUUCUAGGGAAAACUCUUUCCAUGUUUCUGAAAAACAUGGAACAAUAUGUACAGGAUUGCUAUGAUUCUAUAGCUCUGUUCCUUUCUAUUCACAUAAUUCAUCGUUAUCAAGUACUAAUGCACAAAAGAGAUGUGCCAGCUUUAGAUAAGUACUGGGAGUCACUUUUGCACAUAUUUUGGCCAAGAUUUGAAUAUAUUUUACGACUAAAUAUUGAAAGCAUCCGUGAUUGUGACCCUCAGAAAUUCACUAACAUUGACAAGCGUCCUCAUUAUAUAACAAGAAGAUAUGCUGAAUUCUCAGCUGCCAUUGUUGGCAUUAAUGAAAAUUUUCCUAGUGAGCGAGUUGCAAGGUUGCUGGCAGCAUUGCAAGUUGAAGUAGAAAAUUUCAUUCUACGAAUGGCUGCAGAGUUUCCAGAUCAUAAGGAUCAAUUAAUAUUUCAAAUUAACAACUAUGACAUGAUGUUAAAUGUUAUGCUUGAAAGAACAAAAGAAGAUUCUAGAGAGUCUGAAAGCUUUAAAGAUCUUUUGAAUGCCAGAAUUUUGGAGUACGUAGAAGAAGUGCUUUCUCCAUAUUUUGGUGGAAUGAUGACUUUUGUUAAGGACUGUGAAAAAUAUUUGGAACGCGGGCAGAUAGAUAAUCUGAAAAAUGAAGCAGCAAAAGUGACACCCUUGGUCAAAUCAUUCAACAGUGGUUGGAAAAAAGCCAUGGAUGAAAUCAAUGCUGAUAUCAUGACUACAUUUACCAACUUUCGGAAUGGAACAAAUAUAUUGCAGGCUGCACUUACUCAACUAAUCCAGUAUUAUCAUAGGUUUCACAAAAUUCUCUCUCAACAUCCAUUUAAAAAUCUACCUGUGCGAAGUGAACUUCUCAAUAUUCAUCAUCUCAUGGUUGAAGCUAAAAAGUUCAAGACCAAUUUUUGAAUGUUUAAUUAAGAAUAUGCAUAUAUGUAAAAUUUUGUAUUUGUAUGUAAUAAAGGUUUUAUGGUAAUUUAAA